CUCAUAUUUAGCCAACAACCUCAACAAUGGCUUGGUUAUUCCGACGAAUCUAAUUACUGUAUGCAUAUGUAUAUACAUACAUAUAUAUAUGUGUAUAUAUGCAGAGACAUAUUUCGAAUAGCUUGUUAUUGUUUAUUCACGCCCAGUCUUUUGUUUGUAACUACGUUCAAUGUAUCCAUAUGUAACCAAUGCCAAUUUCUGGAUAAACAUGCCUCAAACACAUUCAGGAUAGAAAGUAAUAAAUUCAGAAUUCCAAUAGUAGGAUAACAUGAGAACUGAUUAUAAGAAUCAUUCUAACAAUAAUGACAAUAAUAGUGAGGAUCACAUAAAUGAUAAUGCAAACAAAUACAAUUGGUUCACUGUAUCACUUCACAGGAAUGUUGAUCAAUAUUCAAUGAACCAUACAAAUGAUUCGAUUGAUAAACUAGGUAGACAGUUUACACAACUAGCUGAAGACUCAAUGAAAACUCAUGUAGAUAAUGAAUUCACUAAACAUGAUCAUAUCAAACAAUUGAUUCUGAGUAGACAGUCAACAAUGAACAUUGAUAACUCUCAGAAUCCAUUAAAAGCUGCCAUAUUAUCAACCCAUACAGCAUCUAUGAAUUCUAUGGUGCCAGUAAUAGAUAAAAGACAGAAGAAGUCAAUACAUGCAUUGAACAAUACAAAUCCAAUAAUAGAUGAAUGGAAGAGAAGAAAAUCCCAUCAAGGAAACUAUCUCACUAUGAAUUGUAACAAUGACAAACAAUUAGAUUCCAUAAAAUCAGUUAAGACAACAUCUAUGGAUAGUGUAUCGCCUACUAAUAAUGUGAUCAAAGAUGUCACAACAAUUCACCGUUCAUCAUUACAACUAUUGAAUCAUCUUUCUGAGCCAAAUAUCAUUGAACAUGUAGAGCUGUUCAACAAUUCAUCACACUCGUUAACAUCAGUUUUACCAACAUCUCAUCUAUUGUCAACUUCAUUGAAUUCUUUAUCGAAAUCAAUAAGGAAAGAGGAGAAUAUUGACACAUUCAAUAGUGAAAUGACCAGUGAUUUAUUCACCAGUAUGAUACAUUCCAAGAAUCAACCACAAUCAUUUCAAUUGAAGAAUCAAACUGAAAAGUUGGAUGAUGGUUUAAAACAGAAUCAUAAUAAUACUAAUAAUAAUAAUAUCAGUAACAAGUAUACAUCAGUUGAGGAUAGAAUAACCGAUUCCAAAUCCAAAGGACUUGGUCUCUAUUGUAUAUUGAAUACAAUUGGUUUAGGUAAUUUUUCACAAGUGAAAUUAGCUACUCAUAUUUUAACAAAAGAACGUGUUGCAAUUAAAGUAUUAGAUAAAAGUAAAAUGAAUACAUCAACUAGACGAUUAUUAAGUCAAGAAAUAUCGAUUUUAGAAAGUUUACAUCAUCCAAAUGUGAUAAGACUUUAUGAAGUUAUUGAAACGUUUUCACAUUUAAAUUUAGUGAUGGAAUAUGUAGCUGGUGGAGAUUUAAAUCAAAGAAUAAUUAAAUAUGGUAAAUUAAGUGAACCAGAAGGUAGAAUUGUAUUUGCACAAUUAAUUGCUGCAGUAAAUCAUUUACAUGAACGUAAUAUUAUUCAUAGAGAUAUUAAAGCAGAGAAUAUAUUAUUUACAUAUGAUAUUAAACAUACUACUGAAACCUUUAUUAAAACAAAAAAAUUAAAAAAAGAAUCAAAACACAUUCAUGAAAAAUUACAAAAAAAUUAUCAAUAUAUUAAUGAUGAAAAUAAACAAUUUGGAAAAAUACAAAAAUUCUUACAUCAGCAGCAGCAGCAGCAGCAACAACAGCAACAGCAACAGCAGCAGCACCAGCACCAGCACCAUCAGCAUCGACAUCCACAUCCACAUCGUAAUCGAUUACAAUCACCAUAUAAACAUAAUAAUGAUGUUACAUCAUCGAAAUUAGGGAUGAAACCAGAAUAUUCUAAGAAUAAUGGAAAAAAAUUAGCUAAACAUAAAUUACAUCAAUUCAAUUCCAUUGAAGGUGAUGAUGACGAAGUUGAAGGAAGCUUAAAUGAUUUAUGCCCAGAUCAUUAUCGUGUGAAAUUAGUUGAUUUUGGUUUUAGUAAAUUAAUUAAAGAACCAAAUCAACAAUUAACAACAUUUUGUGGUUCACCUGCCUAUGCUGCACCAGAAUUAUUUGAAUCAAAAUCUUAUCGUGGUGGACCAGUUGAUAUGUGGGCACUUGGUAUAGUAUUAUUUUUUAUGUUAACUGGUUUAUUACCAUUUAAUGGUAUAACAAUUGGACAAGUUAGACGUUUAGUAUUAAAUAAUUGUGGUUUACAACCACCAGAUUAUUUAUCACCAGCAGCUGCUGAUUUAUAUCGUAAUUUAACAGCAUAUCAACCUGAUCUACGUCCAACUACUUCACAAUUAAUUAAAUAUGCACAAUUUGCUAGAAAAGAUUUAACACCAAUUGAAAUGAUAUUACGUCAACGUUCAACUUGGACAAAUUGGUUAACUGGUCAAACAUUUCCUAAACCAUUACCACGAUUUAAACAUUGUCCACCACUUCCUACAACUCCUCAAAUGAAACAAACACUUUUAAAUACAUCUUCAUCUGGAUAUAAAAUAAACAAGAAUAUAUCUAUGAAUAAAAUCAAUUCAAAUGAUACAAUUCCAUCAUCGAAUGUUAUCAUACAUAACCAAUCAAUCCAUACUAUUCCAAACAUUCCAAAUAAUCAACCUGAUAAUGUAACAUUGAAUUCAUUCAAUGUGACCUAUUCAUCCGAUCAAAUAUUGACCAAUGAUCAAAAUGAUCAAGAUGAUGCAGAAUUAGAAGCAGCAAAUUAUUUAUUAUCUAAUUUAGGUAUUACCACAGAUGAAAUACAAAAUUCAUAUAAUUAUUCAACACGAUGCGCUGUUACUGGUGCAUAUCGUAUUAUGUUGCAUAAAAUUCAUAGAUCAAGACGUCUUAGUCAAUUAGAUCAGAUGACAUUGUUACCUUAUAAUAAUAAUAAUAAAUAAUAAUAAUAAUCAAAAUAAAUCAAUCAAAUUCAAUACUAAUUUAACCCCUAUACAACAAAGUUCUAAUAAUCUUCAUGAAAAUUCAUUACAAACAAAACCAAUUCCAUUGAAAUUCAAUGAAUAUUCAUUAAAACAAAAUAAUUCUAUUAUAAAAUUAAAUACAAAUAAAAAAUUACAUCAUAAAUCAU